GCGGUCACCGUGAAAUGCGUUACGAGCUUACAAGUACUUCCCCUCGACCUGUGACUGUGUAGAAAAUGUUGCGACCCGUCACAUACAUGUUUUUGAUUUUCAAUGUUUUAUUACAAACAGUUAGGUGUACACACGUGUUCAACAUGGACCGCGACUUCAGCAAGAUUAAAACGGACCAGAGCCUUGCAGACAGCGUGGGUGAGGUGGUGCGCCGGCUGCAGACGUUCAAGGUGGCGGUCCACCCGCGCAUCCGGCUGUUGUACGCGCUACUGCGGCGGGCUGUGGCGCGCCACGCGCAGCGCCACGCCGCCUCGCUCUACGUGCCGCAAGUUUACCGCGCUACCAACAGCAAGGAGACCUGACACAAUGAAUAUCC